CCGCUCCGUCUCGAUGGGGUCCCGAUAUAUAACCGGCAUAUCCGUAUAAAGGUUAUACGCGAAACAUUUACUCUUUCACUUGUUUCACGCACAUCGACCCGGAACGCAACAUAUAGACAUCAUGUCCCAGAAACCGCCGUUCAAAAUCGCUAACCUGGACUUAGCCGAAUGGGGUCGCAAAGAGAUCACUUUGGCGGAGAAUGAAAUGCCAGGCCUCAUGGCAAUCAGAAGAAAAUAUGGACCAUCGAAAGUGCUGAAGGGUGCACGGAUUGCUGGCUGCCUCCACAUGACUGUGCAAACUGCAGUUCUGAUUGAAACACUGGUGGAACUUGGUGCUCAAGUGCAAUGGUCAUCCUGCAACAUAUUUAGCACACAAGAUCAUGCGGCAGCGGCCAUAGUGAAAGCCGGAAUACCGGUGUAUGCGUGGAAAGGCGAGACCGAUGAGGAAUACGAGUGGUGCAUCGAGCAGACCAUUGUUUUUCAGGAUGACAAACCGUUCAACAUGAUUCUCGACGACGGCGGCGAUCUGACCAGAAUCAUACACACGAAGUAUCCGCAACAUCUCACGGAAUGUCGCGGCAUAUCCGAGGAGACUACCACCGGAGUACACAGCCUUUACCGCAUGUUGAAGGAGGGCACACUCAAGGUGCCGGCAAUCAACGUCAACGACUCCGUCACAAAAAGCAAAUUCGACAAUUUGUAUGGAUGCCGAGAAUCGUUGAUCGACGGCAUCAAGAGGGCCACGGAUAUCAUGAUUGCAGGAAAGGUGUGUGUAGUGGCUGGAUAUGGAGAUGUCGGCAAAGGAUGCGCGCAAAGUCUCAGAGCCUUCGGAGGUCGCGUUAUCAUCACAGAAAUUGACCCUAUUAAUGCGCUUCAAGCUGUUAUGGAAGGAUAUGAGGUAACAACAAUGGAAGAAGCGUCUACGAAGGGUCGUAUAUAUGUGACGACUACGGGAUGUAAGAAUAUUGUUUUGGGUCAGCAUUUUUUGAACAUGCCGGAUGACGCCAUCGUCUGUAACAUAGGACACUUUGAUUGCGAGAUCGAUGUUGUGUGGCUGGAAAAGAACGCCGUGGAGAAGACGAAUAUAAAACCACAAGUGGAUAGAUACCGAUUGAAGAACGGCAGGCAUAUUAUCCUCCUCGCGCAGGGUCGUUUGGUUAAUCUGGGCUGUGCGACGGGCCACUCGAGUUUCGUUAUGAGCAACUCGUUUACGAAUCAAGUGCUCGCGCAGAUCGAACUUUGGACAAAACCGUACGAGAUCGGCGUGUACAUGCUGCCGAAGAAGCUGGACGAAGAAGUCGCAGCUUUGCAUCUGGAACAUUUAGGCGUGAAAUUGACGAAACUAACACCAGAACAAGCCAAGUAUUUGGAUGUGCCUGUAGAAGGACCUUACAAACCCGAUCAUUAUCGAUAUUAGGCGUCGAUAUUUGUGAAAAUUUAUACUGAUUAUUGUAUAAUAAAUUGCGUUGUUGCAAUUUGUGUUUAAAACUAAACAUUAAAUAUAAUAACUGGUUUUUUUGCCAGUCUCUGAUUGAA